AUGAAUUCGUUUAUUAAUUCCAAAAACCUGGCAGAACAUAGGCAGGGAAUAAUUUACCCUGAUGCAUUUUACUCAAUACAUUUUCAUACUGGUCACCAUUGGAAAUAUAAACUACAACCAUGACAUUGCAAGCUCCAUGCUCUGCCAACUGAACUACACCGGACUACCACGUCAGAUGGGUGCGGUGUCCUCACAGGCUGUCCUAACAAGAUUCCGGUCUGCCUCCUUGAGACAGCAGCCCAAGCAAUCUAGCUAGCGAGCAGGCUAGCGCUUGUUAACUUCUGAGUCUGAUUGUGAACGUUUUGCUUCCGAACUAGACACGACGGCCCUUACCCAAUAUUGUUGCACUCCGAAAGCCAAAUACCAUGCCACAUCAGGACCAAUGCAAAGUGACAAUUAAUUGAAACUGUUGCCAUAUGACAGCAUCGACAUUGACAGUGUGUAACUGGCUCACUCUACUUUUAAGCUCCCAUAAUCAUAGCGAGGGAAGUUAUAUGACCCGUAUAUAUGACGUUGUCCAGAACAAGAGCACGUCAAGUUCUGUUUACUUUGCCUGCUGCAAAGGUCUACUAUAAAUGAAACUCUGAAAUGCACAGUUGUAGCUGCUACAUAUUGUUCGCUAAAUUACAACUAAUUGUCUUCCUUGAGAUAAAUACUUUACCUAAAACGAGUGUUCUGUAUUUACAUAAAGCGGAACACAUGAACUAGGGAGGAAUACUUUUGUUGUGACACAAGAAAUAUAUUGCCACACGCUAUUUUUAUUCAACGACCUACCGAAGUAAAAUGUAUACGAGCUUCAACAAACUCUACUGCAGAAUCUCGGCAUAACGAAAAAUACUGUAUCGAUAUUGUGAGGUCUCGGGACUAUGACGGUUUUGUGUCCUCCCUGCUUCUCCCUGAGGAUGCCCGGCGCUCCUCACUGGCCCUGAGGGCCUUCAAUGUCGAGCUGGCUCAGGCAGGUGAAGGACUCUGUUUCCCAGAAGACCAUAGGUCUGAUGCGGAUGCAGUUCUGGAAGACUACAGUGGAGGAAAUCUACAGGGACGACCCCCCAGUGCAGCCUGUCAGUGCAGAACUAUGGAGGGCGGUGAAGAAACACUACCUGACAAAGAGGUGGAUGCUUAGAAUAAUCUCUGAGAGAGAGAAAGACAUGGAAGACAGAGCUUAUAGAAACCUCCAGGAGUUGGAGGCCUAUUCAGAGAAUACCCAGUCCUCACUACUGUACCUUCUUCUGGAGAGUUUAGGUGUGAAAGAUGUCCAUGCAGAUCAUGCUGCCAGCCACAUUGGUAAGGCCCAGGGGAUCGUGACGUGCCUAAGAGCCACGCCCUACCACAGCAGCAGACGCAAAGUCUACCUACCUAUGGACAUCUGCAUGCUGCACAGAGCCUCCCAGGAGGACUUCAUCCGAGGAAGCCGGGAACAGAAUGCGAGAGAUGUGGUAUAUGACAUUGCCAGCCAAGCCCACGUACACCUACAACACGCCAGAUCCUUCAGCAAGAACAUACCAGCUUCCGCUUUCCCUGCCUUCCUCCAGACAGUGGUGCUGGAGGACUACCUUCAAAGGGUGCGGCGGGUAGACUUUGAUGUGUUCCAUCCCAGCCUACAGAAAAGAAACCCACUGAUCCCCAUCCAGCUCUAUUUCCGCUCCUGGAAGAAGACCUAUUGACCUACAUGGUGGGACCUUAUCUUUAGCCCUAUUGUAAUUUAUACCAGAUUUCAACAUCCGAUUUCCCAAAGUCCCGCUCUCGUAUGUUGGUUUCUAAGUAGACCAAUCUACAACAGUGGAUUUCAAGAGACUCCUCCAUCUAUGAUGUCAGCACUCCCCAGAAAAGGAUUCUGAUCUAAAACAUGCCUCUGCCAUCUAAACCAGUUCACCUGUGUUAUUCCCUGUUGUAGACUAGACAGCUGAGGACCACAGACAGAGAUUAUUGUAAAGCAAUAACUACAGUACUGGAGACUGAACUGCUGCCCUGAUAUAUUUAAUAUUUUCAGAAAUAAGUUGUGUAGCCAUGUUGAUGGUCUAAGUGUUUUCUCUUCUUUUUAAAGCUCUUAAAUAAAGAUGUCACAAACAUAA